GUGUGGUAGAUCCAUCGCAAGGCAUUUUGAUUUACCGUUCGUUACCCGGUGGCGACUUUGAUCCUCCUUGAUUUCGAGUGCAGCACAUCGCGCAGUGCGUUUCAAGUCGCGUUCUCUGGGGGGUAGUAUCGGUGGACGUCGAGGCGAGAACCGCUUUACCGCGAGCCGAAGGCUGCGAAGACUUUUUUUUCACUAUCUUCUUCGGUUCCUCGUUUUUUCCAGCAAGCUCACUUUUUCGCCGGCACAUUUUUUCUUACUUUCCCCGGUACUCGCUGGAACUUCUGAAAACGCACUGGUGGGUCGAUAGAUCAGUUCUUGCCGCUUGCAGACCUGCAGUGAACCCGUUUUCUCGUGUUCCUCUCCGCUUCUCUGCACUCUCACUCGCAUUUUCUGUUUUAUUCUUCUCACGCAGUGACAAGCCUGACUUUCGUUUCCCUUGUCCAGCCUCGAAGACCCCCAAACUCUCCAGUCGCUCCUCUUCCCCGCCGAUUUAUGAAGGCUCGUACAACGGGACUGCUGCAGUCAAAGACGAACCAGUUGAUCCCCGCGAGUUUUCCGUCAGCUCUCCCGAAGUUCGGUCGUUCCUACCGUGUGUGAAUAAACGUCAUUUUUCGGCCUCUUAAUUUCUCUGGCGAGACCGUUCGCGUUUCAAUCAUGCCACGCGCCUAAAGGAUUUCGCGGAACCUUCCAUGCAGCACCAUGGCACGGAAUCCGAGCCGCACGGGGGGUUUGCGGAGUGCCGCCCACCGAUCGCCUUCGCCCUCGUCCGUUCCCGCUUCUUCUUCGUGUUUUUCUGGAUCUUCUCACUCUAGCAAAGCCUCUGUCCUCCGCAGCAACACACCGAGGACUUUAAAGGUUCCAGGCGGCAGCCCGGACUUUCUGGCCGCAGAGUCGGAGGCGGGGUUGCCGCCGCUCCAAGAGUUCGCCCAGCUGUUUCGUGAUUCCUCGUCAGUUUCUCGGGAGAAACUGAAGAGUUCUCUGGCGCGAGCCGAGGAAACGACGCCCCUUACGUUGCCUGACAGGAAGGAAACUCUGGGGACGGGAGAGGUGCCGCCUGUGCGUCUCGCGGAGAGAGAAAGAGACCGCCCCGACAGCCGAGUGGACGCGUCUUUGCCGCAGAUUGGAAAAAAAGAAGUUCUUGCGUGGGCCGAGGAAGUGACAGGGCGAGAAAAUGUGAGUUUCGCGACACUCAAGGAAGGCGGACUUCUUCUGGAACUUUUUGCGCUCGUGUGGCCACGACUGGUGGAGAAGCACCACACCCUUUUCCUGGAGUCGAAACUCGCCUCCAGUUCACCAUCUGUUUUUUUCUAUCCCUUUCCCCAGACGUCGUCGGAGGAGAAGCACAACUGGUGUUUGAUUCAGAAGGUACUUAAGGAUGCAAACAUCCCUCUGGACUUCUUUAACCGCGACCGCAUCGCGAACGAGUGUGUCACGGCCUGCUAUCAAGCGUUGGUCGUUCUGUUCUUCCUCUACACCCUCGCCAAGGACCAUGCAUGCGAAUUCGUUAUGGCUCUUCCUGUGGACGACUGCGUUACGCGCUUCAUGUCCAGCGAAGAGCCUCUUGCGUGUCUCAUUGAAGCCGGGAGCGUCGUUCUCACUUCGCCGCGGUCUCGGGACACAGAGCCGUCCUCCACCGGAGAAAAGGAGCUCCGGAGCACAUCCAAAAGCCCCGCGCUUCGCCGGUCCGCCAUUCGCGAGGAAGUGGAGCUCGAAACAGACACCAGAGGUUCCCGAGAAAAGGGAGAGGAGCCCCGAGAACACCGAGAAAUCGCGAGAGAACGCAACGCUUUCCGCGGGCCAGGCCCUGCUCUCAACACUGAGAAGAGCCUACGCGAGUGGCGGGCUUUCAAGGAGGCGAAGGCGCCACGACGCACACUCUCAGGCGUCGCCUCUGCCGAUCGCGGGGGAAAGACCGAGGAAGACGAAAGACAACAAAUGAAAAUCAGAUACCAGUCGGAAGUGUCUCCCUGCAGAUCCAGGCGCAGAGAGUCGCGCGCGGAGAGUUGCGAAGCACUUCACGAAAUCGACUCUGCAGACGAAAAGGCUGUGCCUCUUCUCGAGUUUCUGAAGGAGACGAGCCGCCGCACUCUCGACGAGACGCUUGCUUCCUCAGAGCUCUUCGCUGUACCACCUCGCCGAGCUGUCCGAAGGUCUGUCUCUUCGUCCACUCCUCUUGCUUCUCGUCGCUCGCGUGUCUCCUUGGACGCCGUAGAAGAAGAAGGCGAUUCGACUGAAGGAUGCAAUCUGCGUAGGGGCUCUUCUCUGUCGCAGGGGCGUGAGUCUGGAGUCUUCAAGGAAGCAGAGGAGACAGAGGAAACACGAGGAAGAAGACUCUGCGGUUCGCCGCCGCUGCCGCUCGCGGCAAGCCAAGAAGAGCGAACAAGGAAGGGACAGCAACGUCGCGCCCGGUGUCUGUCUGCGACUGCUUCGCGGUCAGAAGACGAUCUGGACUCGGAGAGGAGAGGAAGACACUCCUCGAGCGUCGACGACGCACUCAAUGUCUCCGCUGCCAAGCUCUCUAGAAGAACUCUCCAGAAGAAUUCACUGCUUCCCCAGACAGAACUCUUUUUUCGAGCAACUCGUACCAACGCCGGUCCCGCAGACGAAGACUCUUCCUCCUCUUCGCUGGCGUCGCCGUCCAACGCGCAUGCGUUUUCUUCUGCCGCUGCCAGAGAGUCCUCUCGGGGCGCACAGAGCGAAGCCCCGCGAAAGCAGAAGCAAGAGAGAGGGGAGAAACCGGCAAACAGGAGAGCAGUGGGAAGGAGAAGUCAGAGAAGCAAUUUUGACUCUUGUGACUCGUCGUCGGUCUCGGACGAAGGCGAGCAUGAGGCUCCAAGUCGAGAACCGAGCGAAAAAACAUACAGAAGAUCCGGAUUUUAUUCUCUUCACUGGAAGGAAGGCGAUGGCAGCGAGAAGAGGUUCCGCCGCAGCCCUUCGUCUCCGUUUUUAACCCCAAGAGAAACUUCGAAAUCGACAAAACCUUGCUCCUCGUGCUCCGCCUCGUGCUGUUCUUUUUUCGGCGAUGAGAAAGCAUCUCGCGCCUCCAAACACCUUCAGACGCGCCCCUCUGCUCGCGGCUCACAGGCCUCGCACUCGCCCUCCUGCUGUCCCCUGUCUCCUCGUAUUUCCUCUCCACACGAACCCGAGGCGACCGCGACAGACGAGGAGCCUUCAAACUCGACUUUUUCCACCUCGAAAGACUCGAACGCCAAUGCGUCCGUCUCGAAUAUCGCGGACUCGACCGUCACCCGCUUUCCUCGGAGCACAGAUCUCCCGUUAGAGGCAUGUCUUUCAGUCCCUCUGGAGCGCGUCGACUGGGGCGCGGACCGUUCGCCGGCUUCGGCUUCUUCGUUUCGCGUCAAGGGAGAGAAGCUCCUACAGGCUCUGCGGUUCCAGGUGUCUCUGCUCGCCUCUCAGCUGUCGCACAGCGAAGAGGAACUUCGAGUGCUGCGGCGACAGGGCGACACCCUGCUGCAGCGCGAGAAGGAGGAACGCGAGAUGGAGAUUCAGCGUCUGAGGGAGAAACACGCAGUCGAAAUUCUCGAGUUAAAGGCCGCACAUGCAGCGGCUCUGCAGAAGGAAAGAAGACGCAUGGAGAACCGGCUCGAACAGCUCGAGGACGACGUCGCCAUGGACGUCGAGGUGAUCGCCUCCCAGGGCAUGGGAGCGGAGGCCCGCCAGAAGCCGGGAGAGAAAGACGAGGGAAGCCGACGUCAAACUCAGCAAAGGCCAUCCGAAACUAACGGCGCACCACGGGAGUCGACGAGGAAGAACCCCGCAGCAGAGGACAAGGCGAGUCGCGUUGCCGAAGUUCCUCUUUCGGACUCUGCAAAGGAAGAAGGCAGCAACACCCUUGCUUUGGAGAAGGUCCAGCAGCUCCAGGCCCUGAUGACGGAGCGGAUUGCCUGCAGAGACCAAACUCUAAAGGAGACGCAAGCAGCGAUGCAUGACCUCCAGAGAGACUGCAGGGCUCUGCGCCUCGCCUCUGAGCGCCGCUGGAUCCACUGGCGGAAAGUAUCGAAGUUCCGAGAGGCGCUGCUCUUUCUUCUGUCCCCGGGUGCCUCUUCUGCCUCGUCUUUGUCUUCAAACGGCGAGCUGAAUCGCGAGACAAGACCGACAUCAGAGCGCUCAGGCGAAGCUGAAGAACUGCACAGACAAGCGAGAAUGGCCGACGGGAAGGAGGCGGCUCGCCUGCUCUUCCCGACCGGCAGCUCGGGAUUGAAAACCGUCGAAGAGCUGCAGUGUGGACUUGCACACUCAGAUAUGGCGGAGAACAUGCAGGCGCUGUAUCGAUCCUUCACCUCAGACCUGGUGCAGGCGCUCCAGCUCUCGCUCGGCUGGUCCUUCGGUCCCGCCAGCGACGCCGGCGGCGGGGGGGCUCGCACUCCAGAGACCCCCAGCACAGACCUCGAGAAGGCGCUUCUCGUCUCGCUCGCACAAGGCCUCUCGCUUCUGCACCUUGAGCGCAUGCAGCGCAAACAGCGGGAGUUUGAGUUGCUGCGAAAAGUCCACUUGGCGACUGUGGCCGAGGGCGAGGCGAGCCGGAAGGAGGCCGACGAGAGGCGGAGACUCGGUGUCUCCGGCGGGGCAGGAGACGCGGAGACGCCUCGAGGCCGCAGAGACUCUCAGGGCGAACUUCUGGCGGAGUUGGUAGGCGGCAACGUGGAGAAGGAAAUGGCACUCGAAGAAGAGUUGAAGCGAGCAAAGAUUCAGAAUGCCCGUCUGCAGAGAACGAACGAAUAUUUGAGGAAGAAAGCAAACCACAUUCUCCAGUGGAAAGAACAGAACGCGGCCUUCGAAGCCGAGUGCGCUGCAGCUGAAGCCGCCUGGCAGCGGGAGCGCCACCGAAACCGCGAGAGUUUGAAGGACGCCACUGUAUUUAGAGAAGAGCCCGAGCGAGAGAAGAGCGGCUCCACAGUCGCCACCGCAGCUGAGGAAGAGUUCGUCGAGGGAGAUGCGCGAGAAGUCGAGCGUCGCCUCCCCAGCAAGGAAGGCGCCUCGCGCUUGCGUGUCAAAGCUUCCUCGAAACUGCCGUCGCAGGGCGCCGACGAAGCCGCGAAGGACUCCGCACAAGGAGAGCCCGGGAAGGCAGCUUGUGACUCUCCUGCCGAGCACAGAGACAGUAAGGAAGAGUGCAAAGCUCACGCGUUUCCAGAGAAACGCCCACUCCGCUUCUGGAUACCGAGACUCCUCGUGGAAGCGGCGGAAGAAGAGGAGGCGACGGAACGCGACGCGACGCUGCUGCAGCUGCUGGAGACACUCGGGGAUUGCGAGGCCGAGAGUCCCACCGAUCGGACGACGACGCGCGAUUCGGAGGACCUCCUUGGCGAGAAGAGACUCGCAAUUUCUCCCGAAACGAAGAGCCGACUGCUGCGCCUCUUCUGGCAAAUGCUCGCAGACUUUUAUCGAUACCGCACGCAGUUGGGCGAGAGCCGCCGGCAGCUCCUGAGGCUCCAGGAUGCCGUCGAAACGGCGGAGGCUGAGAAGGAGCUUGCCGAGCGCCGAGGCCGGGAAGACCUCGAGGCAGUGCAUGCGAGCAUGAGAGAAGAAAUCGACCAGGAGCGAAGCAAGUUCUACCGGAUCGUUGGACGCCACCGCGUCUUACUCCAAGUCACGGAGGAGCAGCUAGCCGCGCGCCAGCGAGAAGAGCGACUCCUGCAAGACGAACUCGCAGGAUUGACCUCUCUCCUUCAUGAAGCACAACACAAAAAGUUCGCCGCCAUCUUGGGGCACUUGCAGGCGCUGGAUACGUCGAACAGGACUCUGCAGAGACGCGAGCGGCUGUGGCAGGAGCUGUCGAGAGCUCUGACUCUUCAGCUGCGUCGACCUUGCUCGGAAACGCAGCGGACGAUCCAAGAUUUGUGGGCGCAGAUUUCUGGGGCGAAGUCGAUUCUCGUCGCGCACUCUUCAGGACCUUCUUCGCUGGACUCUUCUCGACAGUUGAGUCUCUCGGCUUCCUCGCGUCUGCCAGCGCUCAAGCCCCCGCGGCGCCGAAGCCUCACAGGGACGCAAGCGCGCGGCGCGACGAGAGACAGAAGAGACGGCGAAGUGGAGACAGGCGACAUCAGCCACCGGGGAGAGGUUUCACCGUGGGCGCGUUCUGGGGCGCCAGAGCGAGAACGGGAGCGCGAGAGAGUGACCUCGGGAGAAGAAGCGAAGGUCCCCGAUGCUGCGUUUGGCGACUGCCUAGAGCAAAUUGCAUGCGCAAAUCAAGGCCGAGAAGAGCGCGGCGCGAGAGAGAGCGACGAAGAGCUCGCUCGAGAGCUAGGCUGCAUCGAGCCAGAGGAGGAGAAAGAAGAGACACACGAGCAAGAGGAGGAAGAAGAGAGAGAAGAGAGAGGAGAAGAGGAAACGACGAGAGGAGGCAAGAGCGAAAGAGAUCGACAGGCGCCGAGUCUCCCGAGCAAUUGGGUGCAACUGUUGAAGUCGAUGACCCAGGAGGCAGUGUGUCUGUACACCCGGCAGCUGCGAGAGAAGGAGCAGCACAUGGAGACUUUGGCACAAGACAUGGAAGAAUCUCGAGAAAAGAACAAGCGCCUUCAUCUUCAGUUAAGCGAGAAGGCAGCCGCUCUGAAGGUCGUUCAGGAACAGAUAGGCGCCCUGGAGACGCGGCAUGCAGUCGCCCUGGAGACGAUCGAGAGACUCCGCCGGGAUCUGCAUGCGCAAAAGGCAGAGCAGCGGCGGAUCUCUGAGUCGUGGAAGAGCGACUUCCUACAACUGGAAACAACUCUCAAGGAACUGCAGGCUUUGUCUUCCAUCUCGCGCGAGAACAAAGACUUGUUUCCUGCCGCUCUUCUCGACAUGCAUGCACAGACCCAGUGCGUCGUUGCAGAGGAGACACCGAAAGAAGAAGCGCGGGAUAUGGAGAGCCAUGUCUCGAACGCGAGCCUCGAAGAGAAGGCGGAACCUGGAAAGGGAGAAGAAACAGGAGCAAAGGAAGAACCGGAGGAAGGAGACCAGGAGGAACAAAAAGAAGGAGAACAGGAGGAACAAGAGGAAGGAGAGAAGGGAGAACAGGAGGAACAUAAAGAAGGAGAACAGGAGGAACAUAAAGCAGGAGAACAGGAGGAACAAGAUGGAGGAGACGAGACGAAGACCCUGGCCCAGGAGACACAAGAUGAUUUGCAGAAAGGAGAUGGAGAAGCGGUCAGAAAAGGAAACGUGGAGGAGGGUGAAGAGGUCACUUCGCAGCUCGAAAGAAGAGAAGCUCCGUCUUCGGCGUCAUCACUCUCACAAAAGGAAAUUUUGAAAGAAAUCUCUUCUCAUCCCUCAAAGCCAACAAGGUCACAGCUUCUCGCAGAGACCCCUUCGCCUUCUUUCUCUCAUCCUGAACCUGCUGUUGGAGAGUCUCUCCAUCGCAACCACCAUGCAAUAUAUCCUAAUUCAGCAUCAUCCUCUUCUUCUCCUCCAUCCUCUUCUUCUCCUCCAUCCUCUUCUCCAUGUUAUCCGCCCUAUCCUUUCGGUGCACCUGCUGCGCCGUUCCCGGGGAUUCCUGCGGAGUUCGCGUCGUUUUUUACGUCGCUUUUCCUUCAGGCCAUGCCUCCCUUUUCUUUUCCAAAUCCGCUCGCGGGUCAUCAGCCAGUGCCUGAGGCAAGGGCAAGUCUCCAGCCCCGAGAGACUCGCGCGCCGCUGAGCGAGCCAGAACGCCUGUCGCAGCAGCUGACGAGCCUUCAGGCGCAGCAAGCGCUGCUGCUGGAGCAGGAAGAGGCGUUGAAGAAGCAACUCGAGAGUUCUCUGAAGCGAGAGACAGAAACGGAGACACCGAAAGAGACCGCUGCCCCCCCCCGGAAAACCGAGCGCCUGAUCUUCGAAGGACCGCCACACUUCCCGAGCGCGGAAGACCCGCCGUUUGCGCGGCCGCCUCUCGCUUCCUCUUGCGCCUCGCGAGACGCGCCGCCAAUCCAGUGCAUGCACAGUUGUUCUCCGCCCGGUGCCCCAGCUUCUGCUCACCAAGGCGCUCCAGACAGGGUACCCUUGCUCCCCAGACUGCCGCUGCAUGCUCUGGGGCUGACGGGAGACCUCGAGGAUCCCAGACUCCUUCGCUGUUCCUCUGGCGGCUGUUCUCUCGCUUCGUCCGACUCUCUGCUGUCUCCGCAGUCGCCUCCACCGGAGUGCUCGACUCUGACCGGCGCAGGCGUCGAGGAAAGCGAAGCCGCCAGACCAGAUGACACCGACUCGAGAGGCGACGCAGGCGCGACGGAGACAGCUGGCUCUUCAGAGCUGCGCGCAGAGCCAGGCGUGAGUCUUUUUGCGAGCGCGGCUCCCGGCGCCUCCGCGGCUCCUCGGGGUCCGAGCGCUCCGGACCUCGCAGCGGUGGCGGCGGUGUCUCCGUGCGUUGUCGAAGCGGAGGCCGAGGCGUUCGCGCCCGAACAUAUAGACUCCUUUUUUCUCCAGCAGAGAGAACUGAUGCUCGCAUACAUCCACGAAAUGCAGGCGAAGCGCGGCGUACCGGGCGCUGCAGAGGCGCUGAGCGAGAAGACAGGGCGAGACGCAAAGACCAUCGAAGGAGACGACUCCGAGAAGGGAGGAGAGGAACGGAGGGGAAGUUCUGAGGGGAUGGAGAAGGAGAGAGGGGCGGCGGAGCUGCGUUUUAACCACAAUGCGGAAGCAGGAAAAGACGUUUCGAAUUCCAGCCAACGCGAGAAAACGGCUGGGGAAGAGGAUGCGAUGCCCACACAUUCCGGUCUGGAUCGCGAAACGUCGAGCUCAGGAGACGGAGGAAGCGAACAAGAAAGGGAGACAGAAGUCGAACAGCAACUGAUGCUCCACCGCCACCUGCUGUAUCGGUUGCGCUCGCGUCUCGUAGAGGAACACAGGAAGAAAAUGAGUGACCGGGCUCUCGCUGCUUUUUCAAAAGAUGCUACUGAGGGUCGCGGUCCAGAACCUUCUCCUUCUCCUUGCCCUUCCCUUCCUUCUCAGGAAAGCGUUUCUUCCCCGGAUAGCCGUUUCACCACCACGACCAACCCCACCACUGUCAGGACAACCGACACGGCCUCCUGCUCUGGCGCCCAUUCUUCCUCAGAUUCUUCAGUUUCUCCCCCAUCUUCUUCGUCGUCUUCCUCUUCUUCUUCUUCAUCGUCUUCCUCUUCUUCUUCGUCGUCGUCUUCCUCUUCUUCGUCGUCGUCUUCGUCGUCCUUCUCCAAGAAGGAUGCACUGGAAGCCUGGGAAGCCUUCGUGGAGGCGUAUAGGUCUGGCGACAAGGAGACGCCCAGCGACAAAGCCACGGCGGCGGCCUCGGAGGAGAAGCAGAAGGACGCGGUGUCUUCUGGAGGCGUUGAGAAAAGCAAAGAUGGCGAGAGAAGAGAGAGCGAGGGGGUGGAAGCGCUCAACGGAGACUCGCGUGGACUCGGAGGAAACAGAAAGCAGGACUCGGCUUCUGUCCACAGUGCCAGUCGAGAACAGAAGGACCACAGAAACCGAGAGCAUGCAGCCGAAGUCGAGCGAGGAGACGAACCUGCUCGACACCAGACAGGACGCGAGAGAGCAGGCCAAGACAGAGAAGACAAAGAAAGCAAGGAACGAGAGAGGAGGGAACUUGGACUUGCGGGAGAGGGUCGAAUGAGGGACGAGGAGGUUAACCGAAGACGACGUUUGCUUGGGGAUCUGAGAGAACGAGAACUCGAGAGAGCAGCGGAAACGCGCGAAAACGGAGAGAGACCGCGAGACCCUCGCACUCGCUUCGGUUCGAGUCGCGACGUCCCCCCCAACAACUCUUUCGCGGCGGCCUUGUUCGCGAAGCACCCUCGGAGGUCUGCUUAUCUUGGGAGAUUCGAGGAGAAUGAGCGGGAGAGCCAGCAUGUCGCCUCGUCACCGAGGGCGCCUCCGAGUCUCCGAGUUGAAGAGUCUUCGGAGAUGCCGCGCGAGUCGACCUCUACGGACAGCGGCCUCCAAGAAGUUUUGGACGUCGAAUCUGGAUUUGCCUCGGCUCGCGUUCGAAGGUCGUGGCUUGAAACUUCCGACUUUCCUCUCAACAGCCCUGCGUCGUCGCCGUACGUCUCGCGGCUCUCUGAGCUCCUGAAGGAAGAAGAGUUCCAUCCUUCCUCGUCUUCGCCGGCGUCCUCGCUCGCGGCGUUUCUUGAGAAGUCUGGAAAAGGCCUCACGAACAUCGACGGCGCCUCGCGCAUGCAGGCACGUCUCUUCCCACACGACGGCCGAGAGCGAGCAAGCGCUUUCGAUCCAUCUCUUUCUCUUCCUCGGAAACAGUCUCUUCUCAGCUGGGACUCAUGCCCAGGAAAACAUGCUGGGCUCGACGGGCAUGCAGCGAGCGUACUGGGCAAAAGUUCUCGCGCACAGUUUCUUCUAUCUGGAGAACGACAGGAAAUCGGGAAGGCGGACAGAAGCCUCUCCGACUUCCAGAACUCCGUUGAUGACGUCUUCGUUCAAGACGACGUAAAUCAAAUCGCACUGAAUGUCGGGACUGCUCUGAAUCGUCUGGGGGCCACCCUGGAGGCGGACUUGCGGCUCGCGACAACCAAGAAGAAAAACCUCUGAUUUGCAGAAAAUUUUUGAUUUUAGGAAAGGGGGGUCUUGAGGAAGCAAAUACGCGACGCAGAAAAAAACCUGAUUUUCAGAAAAUUUUUGAUUUUAGGAAAGGGGGGUCUUGAGGAAGCAAAUACGCAACGCAAAAAAAACCUGAUUUUCAGAAAAUUUUUGAUUUUAGGAAAGCAAAGUUUCAAGAUCCCCAGAGUGACGAACCAAGCGCGUCGGCUUUUGUCCCUGGAGCUGGAGUCACCGCUCAAGUGUUUAACGCUUUCGAGGGAGUGCGUCUGCGGUUCAACGCGUGAGCGAGAGGGGAUAUAAAAUCGUGAAUUGCGAUAUCGAACGUCUAGUAAGGUUGAGGCAAAUUCGAGGGAACGCUCGGAAUUCCGGGAGAAGCAGCAGAGCGAAGGCGAGAGGAUCGAGGCUCUCAGGCUUCGAAGGAAAGAGACAAAAUGGUGCCGCUAGUACACCCAAGAAAGCGGAUUCUGAGUCGAUUUCGCUAGAAUGUCAGAACUGAGUCCCGCCGUUGAAACGCGAUUUAUGAGGACUGGCGCUGUUCGACUCUCGGAAGUUCUGAAGAGGUCUCUGUGUUGACAGCCGAGCGGCGACCCGGAAACUGAUUUCAAAGAGAAAGCUGAGGCGCUGAAGGCUUCAAGUGUACUUGAAUUGCACCUUGUCACUAGUCUCAAUUCCACGGGUCCAAACAUCAGUGACUCGCGAUUGUCCCGACUCGACAAAGAGGUGACAGUUCGUCUGCGCGGCGGCGCUCCGCGGCACUUGCAUCUUUUUGGUCCGUGAAAAAGGAUAGCCGCGGCGUUUCUCUACCCCAAACGCGGCAGCAAGGCACGCACGAGCAGCGGGUGAGAGUGACUGCGACCUGUGGAGAGAGUGCCUGUUGUUUGCUUGCCUCUUUCUCCUUGUUCCCCAGGAACAGCGUGUGUGUUUUUCGCAUGUUACUCGAUUCUAGACAGUUGUCGAAAGACCCCCGUGGAAGAACCAGAUCAGCAUCUCGUUGAAACCAACAAACGCC